UAGCGGCCAGUAGAAACUAGAAACCCUGUAAGCACUAUAAAUUCAUAAACCUGGUGCAACUUAUUAUCGUCUCAACGUAUUAUCAUUUAAUUUCCGAAAGAAAACAAAAAAGCGAAACAUGAAUCAACAUGACUUCUUAGAAGAUUUUCCAUGGGAAAGAAGAGAAAAUUCAGAAACUUUGCCAAAUUUGCCAUCAGAAAUUACCCCUAAUAGAUGGAGCUUUGAUUCUUUUGAUGAUAUAAACUCAUUAGCAAUUUCAUUUCCUGCAAAUUUUUUCUAUCAAGAUUUCUCUUCGUCUUCUUCUCUUCAGCAACAAGAUUUCAACAAUUAUUACUUCAAUGAAGUAAUUUCUUGUCCAUUUGCUGAUGAACUCUCUGCUCCACAGUUUACUGAUACGCCGCCGUUUCCUGUUCAAGAAGAUUAUACUAAAAUGUUGUUACAGGAAGAUGAUCAAGGAACAGAUUUGCUACAAAGUCAAGAUCAAAGUAAAGUUGAGCAGGAUCAGUCAUCUACUAAAGAAGCUGCUUUAAAAACUGGCAUUUGUCCAGAAAGAAAAUUUAGAGGUAAACAAAUAAAAGGAGAGCCAUCAAAGAAUCUAAUGGCUGAAAGAAGAAGAAGAAAGAGAUUAAAUGAUCGGCUGUCGAUGCUUAGAUCAAUUGUUCCUAAGAUAAGUAAGAUGGACAGAACUGCAAUUGUUGGAGAUACAGUAGAUUAUGUGAAGGAGUUACUGGAAAAAAUCAACAGAUUGCAGCAAGAAAUUGAAUUUGAUUCAACUCAUUUUAGGAUUUUGAAAGACACAAUGCCAAAUGAAUUUUUAGUGAGAAAUUCACCUAAAUUUGAUGUAGAAAGACGAAAUGAGGAGACUCAGAUUGAGAUUUGCUGCUCAUCAAAACCAGGAUUGUUGCUAUCAACAGUAACGACAUUAGAUGCGCUAGGCCUUGAGAUUCAACAAUGUGUCAUUAGCUGCUUUAAUGACUUUGCUUUGCAAGCUUCUUGCUCAGAGGAAUUGAAGCAAAGAAGCUUGAUAAGUUCUGAAGAUAUAAAAGCAGCUCUAUUUACAACUGCAGGAUAUGUAGGCAGAUGUCUGUAGAAAAAAACAAGCAUUAAGCUUCAGUGUAAAGGAGCCCUUAAAAUUCGAGUUCAAAUCUCAGUAUUACCUUUUGCCAUUUAUAAAAAAAUAGCAAAAAUAUUGCAUUGAAA